AAUAUUUAAAUGUAGAGAUUAUUUAACUUCAAAAAAAAUAGCAAAUCUAGGUUGAGCAAUAAAUCUAAGCAAAGCAAUCGUCGAUGUCGUCACAAAAAACCUGUGUACGAUUACGCUGACCGCGGCCGAGUAAAGCAAAUCAUAGUCAUUAAACCAGUUGUCCGAUCACCGUUGGACGGGUACGUCGCGUUUUAUUGUGUAAAAGCUACAAAAAUGAGUAGUAAGACGAAAGUUAACGCAGAUUUACAAAGAGAAAGGGAUAAAUGUUCCUUUAAUAUCACCGAGCUGACGAAUCUGCUGGAUGGAGGCGCAGCCAUGACUGAGGAGAGGAGGAGACGAGAGGAAACGGUCCUGAAAGAAGGCAUCCACAUUGAGGAGGUUCCCUCAGAGUAUCUGAGCCACAAGGAGAAGUACGAGCUGGCUGUGAAGAAAGCAUGUCUGCUGUUCAAGUUGAUAAGAAGGCUGCAGGAGGAGGAGAACACAGGAAUGGAGAGCUUCAGGGCGGUCCUCGGCGGGUCUCUGGGGGCGGCCAUCUUGCAGGAUGGAUCCCCACUCACCCUCCACUACGUGAUGUUCAUACCGACGCUGAUGGGUCAGGCCACAGUGGAACAACAGGCCUACUGGAUCGGGAGGGCCUUCAACCUUGAUAUCAUCGGGACUUAUGCACAGACGGAGCUGGGUCACGGCACGUUCAUCCGCGGGCUGGAGACGACGGCGACGUACGAUCCGAGCACCAAGGAGUUCGUGCUCCACAGCCCCACACUCACCGCGUACAAGUGGUGGCCCGGUGGCUUGGCACACUCGGCCAACUACUGCAUAGUGAUGGCCCAACUGUACACCAACGGCCAAUGCCACGGCAUCCACCCGUUCGUUGUUCAGCUUCGUGAUGAGGAGACACACAUGCCUCUCCCCGGUAUCAAGGUUGGCGAGAUUGGCGCCAAGCUUGGCAUGAACGGCACCAACAACGGCUUCCUAGGCUUCGAACACGUCAGGAUACCGAGGGAACAUUUGCUGAUGAAGAAUUCUCAAGUUUUAGAAGACGGUACAUACGUGAAGUCUCCGAGCUCCAAGCUGACAUACGGGACGAUGAUGUUCGUCCGUGUGGUCAUCGUUAAGGACAUGUGCAACUACAUCGCAAAGGCUGUCACCAUCGCCACGAGGUACUCCGCCGUCAGGAGACAGUCGCAGCCCAAACCAGAUGAGCCAGAACCCCAGAUCCUGGACUACCUGACGCAGCAGCACAAGCUGCUGGUGGGCAUCUCCACAGCGCACGCCUUCCAGCUCAGCGCCGAGUGGAUCUGGAACAUGUACAACAACGUCACCGCCGAACUCGAGACUGGAGAUAUGGAGAGACUGCCUGAGUUGCACGCUCUCUCCUGCUGCCUAAAGGCAGUGACGACAGCGGAAGCAGCGUCAGUAGUAGAGCGGUGUCGGCUGGCGUGCGGCGGCCACGGCUACAUGCUGGCCAGCAACCUGCCGCUCACGUACGGACACGUGACCGCCGCCUGCACAUACGAGGGAGAGAACACCGUGCUGCUGCUGCAGACCGCCAGGUACCUGGUGAAGGCGUGGCAGCAGGCGGCGGCGGGCACGAGCCUGCCGCCCACAGUGCGCUACCUGUCGCGCGCGGCGGCCGCCCGCAAGCCGCGCUGGGACAACUCCGUCAGCGGCCUGCUGCAUGGCUUCGAGACACUCGCCGCCGGUAAGAUCGCGUUAUGCGUAGCGAACAUAGAAAAGCGACAGAAAAGCGGACUGUCUUACGAAGAUGCGUGGAACAUGACGUCCGUGCAACUAGCAGAAGCUUCUGAGGCUCACUGCCGUGUAUUCAUCUUAUCAUCAUACUACGAGGAAACUGAACGCCUGGUCAAGUCGUCAUCGCCAGAACUCCGUGAAGUUAUGUUCCAGCUUGUUGAUCUGUAUAUCGUGUACUGGGCGUUACAACGUAUUGGGGAUUUGCUCAGGUUUACAUCGAUAUCGGAGCGAGAUAUUGAGAAGCUGCAGUACUGGUACGAAGAUCUACUGACCAAGCUGAGGCCGAACGCUGUCGGCUUAGUCGAUGCUUUUGACCUGCGGGAUGAGAUCCUACACUCAGCCUUAGGCGCGUACGACGGCCGCGUGUACGAGCGGCUGAUGGAGGAGGCCCUCAAGAGUCCGCUCAACGCCGAGCCCGUCAACCAGAGCUUCCACAAGUAUCUCAAGCCCUUCAUGCAAGGAAAACUGUGAUCACUGUCAAAAUAUACGAAUGUUGUAGUAAAGUACAUAAAUAAGUGAUUUAUAUGUGAUGUAAGAGAAAAUUCUAUUUAUAAGUCAGGGUUGCCAGAAUUGAAAUUUUAAGCUGAAACUAUCUUUAGAAUAUGUCGGUGUUUAAAUGUUUGAACAUCGUCCGAAAUACAUCCUCUGAAACACGAAAUCCUUGUUCAAACAUUUAUGAUACUUCUUGCAAUAUUUAUUAAGUUCAAUUCUGAACCAGAUAAAACAACAACUGAUUUCGGUAUUGUCCCAACUUGCAACCCUGUACUAAUAAUAUUACAAGAAAUAUACAAAUGUUUAAAUAGUAUGGGUAUGGUUAUUUAGGUAUAUGUAUAUGGUACUUAAGAAAAUAAAAUAAUUAUUGAAAUAUUUUUGUACUGUUUAAAGUUAUUGGUAGGUGGUGGAUGUAAAACAUUCCUUACAAAUAUAAUGUACAUAUCACAGUAUUACAAAUGGAGAUUUUAUCAUGAGAUUUACAAUAGUAAUUAUAAUUUUCAAUAAAGUUUUAUACCUUGUUAA